AUGAUUCAAAAGCGAGACUCCACUAUUUCACUCCGGAACGCUUACAAGAAUGAUCAUAUUGAAAUCGAGUAUCUUACCAAUUCAGUCCGUCAUGAUCCACGAACGGGUGAACUAUUUCACGAUAUAUUCAAAGACUUUAGAGGUCUAGCGUCAUUCAACAAAGUGACAAGGAAUAACAUGAUGAAUGAUAAAAGCAAUGCUGCAGAAAUGCCAUGUAAUUCGUUGUCUAUUAAAUGCUGUCAAGAACAGAAAGAAGAAAAGAUUGUCGAUAGAAACCAUAAAGUUGAAGAAAGACGCGUCGAAGAUCAAAAAGUAUACAAUGUGAAUAAACGUCUACGUGAAGAUGACAACACUGAUGAUGACAACAAAGAAGCUCAGUCCAAAAGACCUUUGUUUUCAUCAAAAGAAUGGAUUGUAAAGAAUGAAUACGAAACCACGUGUGGUAAAGAACGAAUAAUAAAGGAAGAUCAGAAGGAAACGAAAGCAGAUAUUGCCGCGACACACAAACCAUUACCUCUAUCCGCAAACUCAUCAUCACCUAAAUUCGCGUCUUCGGCUCUACUAUCACAAUAUAAACCUCGCCGUAUAAAAGAAGUAAUCCGUGGGAAAAACGAACGCCGUCUGCUCCUGGCCGAACCUUGUGUCUGUUGCCGUGACUUUUACAACAUGAUCGCUCCUGUAAAAAUAAACCCAGGAAUGACAAACAUUCCCGAAGACGUCAGACAGAAAGGGUAUGCGGAUGCUGACGAUCUUUGUAGGAUGUACGGUAGACACAGAUACAAAUAUAGUAAACGUGAACCAGGUGACUGGUAUUGGGAUAUCAAUGGUGGGAAGCUGUUCAGCAAGGCACAAUUGGAGAGGAUAAGAAAGGAGGUAGAAACGAAUGACAAAGAAUGGGAAGCGAGAAGGAAAAAGGAAGACGAGUAUUGGGACAAGCUUAACGGCGGCGGACAAUAG